GUGGACUCUGAAGAGCCGGUUUUCGAAGCCGUUAUAAACUGGGUGAAGCACUCGAAAAAAGAACGGGAAGCAUCGCUGCCGGAACUGCUGCAGUACGUGCGCAUGCCGCUGCUCACCCCCCGCUACAUCACAGACGUCAUCGACACCGAGCCCUUUAUUCGGUGCAGCCUGCAGUGCAGAGACCUCGUAGAUGAAGCGAAGAAGUUUCACCUUCGCCCUGAGCUCCGGAGUCAGAUGCAAGGACCCAGGACAAGAGCACGUCUAGGAGCUAAUGAAGUCCUGCUUGUGAUCAGCGGCUUUGGCAGCCAGCAGUCACCCAUUGAUGUCGUGGAGAAAUACGACCCGAAGACUCAGGAGUGGAGUUUCUUGCCA